AAGAUAUGUAUUACCCAUGACUUAAGACACCGGCUUUCCAGCCGAAACUCUGUGAUCAACUGACCAAAUUUCAAUUUACAAUCCCCUCAGAACAAAGUCUCAGGGUGGCUCCCCUUUCAAUGUUUUGAAAGAACUUAUAGAAAUUGUUUAAUUACUAGGUUCCAAAUAGAGGUUUACGCCGAUGGUUUCAGCAGCGGCGGCGGCGUAGAGUUCUAAAUUACCCAGCGGCGGCGGCGUAGCCGUUAGAAAGAACCGGCGGCGGCGGCGGGUACGCCGCCGGUGAAAUUGUCGGCGGCUGGCGGCGUAAGCAUUUAAUAAACUGAUUUUUUUUCCUUUUAUUAAUAAGUGUCGUUUCUUCGGGCUGGAAAACAAUUAUUAAACAAUUAGGAGGCACUCGUUGGGGUCUAUAUAAAGGAGGAGCCUUUUCAACCCGGAAAAGUCAUGUAUCCGCGAUUUCUCGACCGCAACUAUCCGUUGGCGAAGCAUCUGUUCUUCGUGACCAGAUACUCCUUUGGCCUUUUGGGUCUGCGAUUUGGUGGAAAACAAUCGUGGUUCCAUCUCUCAUGGCUGGUCUUCAAUUUCGUGAAUCUGGCUCACUGCUGCCAGGCGGAGUUCGUCUUCGGCUGGAGUCAUCUGCGCACCAGUCCCGUGGAUGCCAUGGAUGCCUUUUGUCCCCUGGCCUGCAGUCUCACCACGCUCUUCAAGCUGGGAUGGAUGUGGUGGCGUCGUCAGGAGGUGUCUGAGCUGAUGGAACGCAUCCGAUUGCUCAUCAAGGAGCAGGAAAUAAGGGGAGAUUCGCGCAAGGAUGCGGCACAGAGGAGCUACUAUGUCAUGGUCACCAGGUGUGGCAUGCUGGUCUUCACCUUGGGCAGUGUCACCACUAGCGCCUUCGUCCUGCGAUCCCUUUGGGAAAUGUGGGUGCGUCGACAUCAGGAGUUUAAAUACGAUAUGCCCUUUCGCAUGCUGUUCCCCAAGUUUGCUCACCGAAUGCCUUGGUUUCCCAUCUUCUAUCUCUACUCCACUUGGAGUGGUCAGGUGACUGUGUAUGCCUUUGCUGGAACAGAUGGUUUCUUCUUUGGCGUUACUCUCUAUAUGGCCUUUCUCCUGCAGGCCUUGAGAUACGAUGUUCAGGAUGCCCUCAAGCCAGUACAAGAUCCCUCGGUUAGGGAGUCCAAUAUCUGCUGCCAGCGCUUGGCGGAUAUCGUGGAUCGCCACAAUGAAAUAGAGAAGAUUGUCCAGGUGUUCUCUGGAAUCAUGGCUACUCCCACUUUUGUCCACUUUGUGUCAGCCAGCCUGGUGAUAGCCACCAGCGUAAUUGAUAUACUAUUGUAUUCCGGCUACAAUAUCAUCCGCUAUGUGCUCUAUACAUUCGCCGUGUCCUCGGCUAUAUUUCUUUAUUGCUAUGGUGGCACGGAAAUGUCCACUGAGAGCCUCUCCUUUGGAGAAGCGGCCUACACAAGUGCCUGGUAUCAAUGGGAUCGGGAGACUCGCAGGCGGGUUUUUCUCAUUAUCCUGAGAGCCCAACGACCCAUUACCGUAAGGGUGCCCUUUUUUGCACCUUCUUUACCAGUCUUCACUUCGGUCAUCAAGUUUACGGGUUCCAUUGUAGCCCUGGCUAAAACCAUAUUGUAAGGGAGGCACUAUUAAAAAAUCUGUAUCUAUGUAUUUAAAGUUCUUGUUUUCCUUUAAAUUACUUUGUGGUUGUGGGCUAGCCCGAAAGUAUGCAAUUCCGACAAUUAAAGAUGAAGAGUUGUGCAGACUUAAGUCAAUUACUUAACGGGGGUCGGGGUCA